AUGUCGGUUCAAGGAGCCAAUCCCAAGUCCCAAGAUGAAGCAGCCUUUUCCUCCCUCGGCGCUCUUCGAUCCGCAAAAUCAACACAAAGACUCAACCAGAUUGCUCAUGUCAGAGCAAAGGGAGUUGGAGAACACAUCUCGCUACCACAAAUAGCAGUAUGCGGUGAUCAGUCUGCUGGGAAGAGCUCAGUCUUAGAAGGAAUCACCGGCAUUCCUUUUCCCCGAAAAGAUGGUGUCUGCACCAAGUUUGCGACAGAAAUCACCCUUUACCACAGCACCGAGACAAGUAGCAUCAUUGCCACGAUGAUCCCGCACAUAUCUCGCAGUAAGCCUGACCGCGAACGACUUCAGGCCUAUCACCGAGUCCUCACCGAUUUCUUCGACUUACCUAGUGUGAUCCACGAUGCGAGUUGCUUAUUGCAACUCAGAGGCUUUGGAACUGAUGAAGGUCUUGCAUUUUCUGAGGACGUGCUCCGAAUCGAAGUGAUAGGAGAUACGGGACUCAAUCUUACGGUCGUGGAUCUUCCUGGGCUGAUCGCUGUUCCAAAUGAGGAGCAAACAGAAGAAGAUGUCCAGCUGGUUGAAAGAUUGGUCGAUUCAUACCUCCAGAGCUCGCGAACAAUCAUUCUUGCGGUCAUCCAAGCAAGUAACGACAUAGCCAACCAAGGUAUCAUCCGACGAGCUCGGAAGUUUGAUAAAGCUGGCCAGAGGACAGUAGGUAUUAUCACAAAGCCAGACUUGAUCAACAAAAGCACCGAAGGACGCAUUGCCCUCCUCGCUAAAAACCAAGACACGACAAAACUGAAGCUCGGAUAUUUCUUACUAAAAAACCCCGAUCCCGAACAACUCGAUGAAGGCAUCAGCUUGCGUGAGCGGAAGCAAAAGGAACUUGAAUUUUUCUCGUCGGCCGCGUGGACAGAGCACCGACUCGAUCCAGCCCGUGUUGGUAUCGACGCAUUAAGAGAAUUCUUACAGGAUUUGCUCGAUCGACAUAUCGAGAGAGAGCUUCCUAAAGUCCGCAAUGAGAUCAAAACUCUCCUUGCCGCUACAGAAGCAGAGCUUGCGAACUUUGGUGAUGAGCGCCCAACACCAACACAUAUGCGCAUGUUUCUCACUCGCCGCAGUAUGGAAUACUACAAUCUAGCUCGGGCCGCGCUAGAAGGAAACUACUACGCACAAGAUACUGACUUCUUUGGCCUAGAAGGGUACUCUAUGCGCUUGCGAGCAGAGGUCCACAAAUUGAACGGAUUAUUUGCUACCCAUAUGCGCGAGACGGGAUCAAAGAGGAAGAUUGUCGGAAUUCAACUAGGAGAUACAUCUGACGAGGAAAACGAAUCUGUGUCUGAUGAUGGCCAGCUCUUGGUGACCAAACGAGAAUUUGACCUCUGGGUCAAUGAAACCUAUAUUCGUACUCGUGGCCGGGAACUCCCUGGCAACUACAACCACAUCCUCCUUGCAGAGCUGUUCCAUGAGCACUCUGAUCGAUGGUCAGAUAUCGCGGAUCGGCACCUGACACAGCUGUUUCAAGUCACAUCGAACUUCGUUGAGAAGGCUUUGACCAAAGUCUUUUUAGAAGACGAUGCGAGACAAGAAAUCUUACUUAUUGCCAGAAACAAGCUAGAAGAGGCAUGGAAACUGGCAAAUGACGAGCUUCAGAAAAUUCUCGCAGAUGAGAAGCGCCAGCCAAUAACUUACAACCACUAUUAUACAGACAACAUCCAGAACGCUCGAGAGGACUCGCUCAAGAAAGCAAUGCAAGCCGCUGUACGAGGAGCAGUGGAAGAGGAUUUCAAGGGCAAGUUUCAUAUUAGCAAUACAGCAGUAGACUCGGAGAGACUCCUUAACUCUCUCCAGAGAAGGCUAAUCGUCAACAUGGAUGCUCAGGCCUGUGCAGAGGCUGUGGGUGGGCUCAAUGCGUACUACAAGGUUGCAAUGAAGACGUUUGUUGACAAUAUUUGUCGUCAAGUCAUCGAGCGGCACUUGCUUUCGAACAUCCCUGACAUAUUCGCACCAACUACGGCAAUGGCGUUCUCUGAUGAGGAUCUUAUACGUAUCGCUGCCGAGCCAGCAAAGCAGAAGGAGAAAAGGACGACUCUCGCUGCUCUUGCUCAAGGUCUUCGAGACAGUCUGAUCGCCUUGCAAAACUAG